AUGGCAAUACCUGCCAUCCUCCACCAAACGGCUCCGCGCGACGAGGGACGCUGGGAUCCGCGCUGGGGGCGGUGCUACGAGAGUUGGGGCCGAGUGUGCAGCGGGGUUCGGCGCAUCCUCUGGGACGACGAGGGCUUGCGGGCACUGGUUCAGGAGGCCUUCCCAGAGCACCUCCCGACCUACGAUUCGUACGAGCACCAGAUUCAGCGAGUAGACUUCGCGCGGGCAGCAAUGCUCUUUAUCCACGGUGGCCUUUACGCAGACAUGGAUGUCGAGGCUCUCGACAAUCCCUUUCCGCACCUUCCAGCUGGUGUAAGCAUCGUGGCAAGCCCGUAUGUUGAGAACGAGAAGCAUCAGAACUCCCUUAUGGCUUCACCAGCAGGGCAUCCAUUCUGGCGGGCAGUGGCUGCAGAGGCGGUGCGGCGCCGCGCUGCGCCGAAGCUGUACCGGACGACCUGGCAGCUGACCGGACCCCAACUCCUAGAUGCCGUGGUCGAAAGAUACGGGAGCGAUGUGCACGUCCUGCCCGCAGACGUGUUCAAUCCCUCCAUGAGCUCGCCUUCUUUCCAUGCACCUCAAGUCAUCACGCGGCAUCUUUGCACCAGCGUUUGGACCCACGACAUGGAUAACCUGGGGAUGGCCUUGUACCAGGCAGCUCGUGCGAGCAAUGCCGCAGCCGCUCAGAGGGCAGCAGACGCCAAGGCAGACCUCGACUGCCGUGACUAUGCCGGCUUGACGCCUUUGCAUCAUGCUGCGAUCAAGGGCGAUGUUGCCAUGGUCUCCCUGUUGUCGCGUUUGCGGGCAGAUGUCUCCGCCAAAGAUAAGAACGCAACAACACCACUCCACUACGCAGUGCAGAUGUCGCACUUCGAGACUGUGAAGCUGCUUCUCCACACCGGGGCGGCGGCCGACGUCCGCCUGUUGGAAGGUCCCUACAAAGGAGCUACGCCGCUGGAGCUGGCCGCAGACAUGCACCGCAGCCAGCAAUCGCCAAGCUCCGGGGAGGUGCUGGGCCUGCUUCAGCUGCACGACCAUGCUGCCGCAAAGAUAUCCGAGGACGUGAGGCGAAGAGCAAUGUCCCGAUGUCGAGGGCGCUUUGCCAUCUGCGCCAGCCGCCGGGGCGCCUGGCCGGCGGCUCGGCGCGAGGGUCGGCUGCUUGAGGUAGAUUGA